UGGAGCUUUUCUUCGCCCUCGCCUUCUUGAUCUUAGAUGCUCUCACCCUGAGUGUGUCUACCGUGGAAGUAGCUUUCGCCUGCCGACCACGCCUUCGCUGGAUCACAUUCAUGGGCCACAUCAUCACUACGGGCUUAUACGCAAUCUCGGGGGAAAAUAUUGUCAAGAGUAUCCUUAAUAGCUGCAUCGUGUUCGUCUGGGCGCUAUUAGUGCUUGCUUCUGUUGCUAUGAUCACGAUUGCCGGCUACAAGGACCGGUACCGUGGGGUUAUCAAGCUCACGGAUCCCGAGUGUGGAACUACGGGGUGUGAGAAGAGGUAUGACAAGGAGUAUGAGAAGGAGCAAGAGAAUAGAUAUGGGAAGAGGUGCAAGGAGCUCGAUGAGAAGCUGGAGAAGAUAAACAAGAAUUACUACACCUUGCUCAUGAGUGACGAUUACGACACCCUACUCGAGAGCGACGAUUACAACCCCCUGGUCAUGGGCGACAUUUACCACACCCUGCUUAAGAACGAAGAAUUCUCCCUUCUCAUGACCGGCGAUUACAAGACUCUGCUCAAUGGGGCCAAUGACGAGAAGCUUCAAGAUCUGCAGGACAAGUUGAACCAGAUGGAAGAAGAACAGAAGGCCUGCACUGAGGUUUCCAAACUUGGUUUCAAAAUUAGUCGUCGCGACGGCCGGGAAAGUGAAACUGAGAAACGUUGGUAGGUCGGACGAAUGCCGCAUCGCGCAUGGGAGUCCUGAGACAAAGACUACGGUGUGAAAGACCUCUGGACGAAAG